AAUGUAGCAAAGGCAAGGCGUAAACGCCGCAGGAAAAUGUUAUCACAAACUGCAUCCGGCGGCGUCAGCAAUAGCUCGGCGAGGGGGCGUGCGUGUGGCUGGGUGGGCAGCAUCUCAUCAGCAUGGACUCGGGGGCAGCGAUUGCAGCAAGCUUCGGCUGCUCGGCAAGAUACUCGUGCAUGAAUUUUCAGUUUUCAGAUGCUCGUUGGCAUUUGGCGCGUGCAGUUCGCAAACCGGCAGCAAAGGCGCUCUGAAUUAAAAACCACGUGUAGUUUCGAAAUUUGUAGUCAAAGUAUUUUCGGGGUUGCGGUUGCGCGAUAAACAGAACGCGAUAACGGUAUCUUAAGUAAGCUGCUUCCUGUUUUUGAAGCGUGACCAUAAAUUUGAGUUUAAUUGGCAAAAAGUUAAGUCAGUAAGCGCCAAAAUGCUGUGGCGCGUUGUGUUGCUGCUGCCACUGCUGCUCCUGCAACUGGCCAGCGGACAACAGCAAUGGGUCCGUUGCCCCCUUGGCUGCACCUGUCUGGCACGCACUGUGCGCUGCUUACGCGCUCGCCUCAGUCAGGUGCCGCAAGUGCCACAGGAUACGCAAGUGCUAGAUUUGCGUUUCAAUCACUUGGUGGAGCUGCCGGCGAAUGCCUUCAAUGGCUUGCAUCAAUUGGCGACGCUCUUCCUCAACGACAACGAACUGGCCAACGUGCAGACGGAUGCCUUCAAGGGAUUGCCGGCAUUGCGCUUUCUCUAUUUAAACAAGAAUCGCCUAAGCCGCUUACCAGCCAACAGCUUUCAGCGUUUGAGCAACUUGGAGGCACUCUAUCUGGAGGACAAUGAUAUUUGGCAACUGCCUGUUGGCAUCUUUGACAAUUUGCCGCGCUUGAAUCGACUGUUUUUGCACAACAACAAGCUGACAACGUUGCCACUGGAUGGCUUCAGUAAAUUGCAUAGCCUGAAGCGUUUGCGACUCGAUGGCAAUCCCAUUGAUUGCAACUGCGCGGUGGGCGCUUUAUGGCGUCGCUGGCAACUGGAUACGCAGCGUCAACUGGUCAGCAUUACACUUAACUGCCAGGAGCCUGCUGCUCGGCAGGGCUACAGUUUCAACGAUCUCAAGGAACAGCAUUUUCAGUGUGCUAAACCGCAACUGUUGUUGGGUCCGCAUGAUAUGCACGCUGUCAGCGGCGAUGUUGUGGACUUGGAGUGCGAGGUGAGCGGACAGCCGCAGCCGGAGCUCAUCUGGAUGCAGAACACCAAUGAAGUAGGCGUUGAACUGGCGCCACGGCUGCAGAUUCUGUCGAGCGGCACGCUGCGAAUCAAUGGCGUGGAAACAAAUGACAUUGGCAUCUACGAGUGCAUAGCGCGCAAUGAAAUGGGCGAAAUCAAAUCGCAGCCCGUACGCCUGUUGGUCAACAGUGUGGACAACAGUCUGAACAGUCUAGAUGGUCAGCAGCAGCAGCAGCAGUGGGCGGCGAAUGUAGAUGCGGCUGCGGAUGCAACUCCAACGCCAACAGCGCCGCGCUUCGUGCAGCAGCCUCAUGACCAAAUUGUGGCGCUGCAUGGCGUCGAGCACGUGCUGUUAGAUUGCGCCGCUGCCGGCUGGCCCCAGCCCGAGAUACAAUGGUAUGUGAAUGGACGACAUGGUUUGCAUGCGUCUGCAGACUGGCAGUGUGGCGACAAUCGCGUGUCGUUAGUCAAGGACUUGUAUUUAAAUCCAUGUAUAUUGAAAUUGGACUCAUCUGAACUUUAUUUCUUUCUCUCCCUCUGCCUGCUCCACAGAAACAAUGUAGACUUGGCUCCUGGAGAUCGUUAUGUGCGCAUUGCUUUUGCCGAGGCUGCCAAGGAGAUUGAUUUGGCCAUCAACAAUACACUGGAUACGCUCUUCUCCAAUCGUUCCACAGGCACGCCGCCCAACUUUGGUGAACUGCUGCGCGUUUUUCGUUUUCCCACGGGUCAAGCUCGUCAGUUGGCGCGUGCUGCGGAAAUCUACGAGCGCACACUGGUCAACAUACGCAAGCAUGUGCAGCGUGGCGAUAAUCUGAGCAUGGCCAGCGAGGAGUAUGAGUUUAGGGAUUUGCUUUCGCGUGAGCAUCUGCAUCUGGUGGCGGAGCUUUCCGGCUGCAUGGAGCAUCGCGAGAUGCCCAACUGCACGGACAUGUGUUAUCACUCGCGUUAUCGUGCCAUCGAUGGCACUUGCAACAAUCUGAAUCAUCCCACCUGGGGCGCCAGCUUGACGGCUUUCAGAAGAUUAGCAGCACCCAUUUAUGAAAACGGCUUCAGCAUGCCCAUUGGCUGGACCAAGGGCAGACUCUAUGCGGGCUAUGUCAAGCCCAGUGCUAGAUUGGUGUCCACCAGCCUGGUGGCUACGAAGGAUAUUACGCCAGAUGCGCGCAUUACCCACAUGGUUAUGCAGUGGGGACAAUUUUUGGAUCACGAUCUGGAUCAUGCUAUACCCUCGGUAAGUUCGGAGAGCUGGGAUGGUGUCGACUGCAAGAAGACUUGCGAUCUGGCGCCACCUUGUUAUCCCAUUGAGGUGCCAGCCGGUGAUCCACGUGUCAAGAAUCGUCGCUGCAUUGAUGUCGUGCGCUCCAGCGCCAUUUGCGGCUCCGGCAUGACUUCUCUUUUCUUCGAUGGUGUGCAGCAUCGCGAGCAGAUUAAUCAGCUCACCUCCUACAUAGACGCUUCCCAGAUGUACGGCUAUAGCAAGCCGUUUGCGCAGGAGCUGCGUAAUCUGAGCACGGAGUCGGGUCUGCUGCGCGUUGGUGUGCAUUUCCCUGGACAAAAGGACAUGCUGCCCUUUGCAGCGCCACAGGACGGCAUGGACUGUCGCCGUAACCUGGAUGAGAAUCAAAUGAACUGCUUUGUCUCCGGCGAUAUUAGAGUCAACGAGCAGGUGGGUCUGCUGGCCAUGCACACCAUUUGGAUGCGCGAACAUAAUCGAAUUGCCAGCAAGCUGAAGCUCAUCAAUCCCCACUGGUCCGGCGAUACUCUUUACCAGGAGGCUAGAAAGAUAGUCGGAGCUCAGAUGCAGCAUAUAACGUUUAAGCAGUGGCUACCUCUCAUCGUUGGUGACAGCGGCAUGCAGCUCCUGGGCGACUAUACUGGCUAUAAUCCUCAGCUGAAUCCCAGCAUUGCCAAUGAGUUUGCCACAGCUGCUUUGCGUUUUGGUCAUACCAUCAUUAAUCCCGUGCUGCAUCGUCUGAACUCCAGUUUCAUGCCCAUUCCACAAGGACACUUGCCUCUGCAUAAGGCCUUCUUUGCUCCCUGGCGCUUGGCCUAUGAAGGAGGUGUGGAUCCUUUGCUGCGCGGCAUGUUGGCUGUGCCUGCCAAGCUCAAGAAGCCCAACGAGAAUUUAAAUACGGAGCUCACUGAGAAGCUUUUCCAUACCGCGCAUGCUGUGGCUUUGGAUUUGGCAGCUAUCAAUAUACAACGUGGUCGUGAUCAUGGCAUACCCGGCUAUAAUGUCUAUCGCAAGUUGUGUAAUCUGAGCGUAGCACAAGACUUUGAGGAUCUGGCAGGUGAAAUUAGCAGCAAGCCGAUUAGGGACAAGCUGAGCGAGCUCUAUGGUCAUCCAGAUAACAUUGAUGUGUGGCUGGGCGGCAUUUUGGAGGAUCAGGUAGAGGGUGGCAAGGUGGGUCCGCUUUUCCAGUGCCUGUUGGUGGAACAAUUCCGUCGUCUGCGCGAUGGCGAUCGUUUCUACUAUGAAAAUCCUGGCGUCUUCCAACCGGAGCAACUGCAGCAGCUCAAGCAGGCCAGUCUGGCGCGUGUGCUAUGCGAUGUGGGCGACAAUUUCCAGGAAAUUAACGAGAAUGUCUUUGUAUUAGCCAAACAUCAAGGUGGCUACAAACAGUGCGAGGAUAUCAAUGGCAUUAAUUUGUAUUUGUGGCAAGAGUGUGGCAGCUGCCAUGAUAAGCCAACUCUUUUCGACAGCUAUGUGCCACAAACUUACAUUAAACGUCGCAAGCGUGAAGUGGCCACUGCCGAGAGUUAUGACAGCCCCUUGGAGUCGCUGUAUGAAGUAAACGAGGAGCGUGUCAGCGGCCUGGAGGAGCUCGUUGGCAGUUUCCAAAAGGAGCUGAAGAAGCUCCACAAGAAAAUACGCAAGAUGGAGGAUGCUUGCAACGGUGUAGAGCCAGAGCCUGUGCCGGCAGUGUCCACUAAACCCAGGCGCAGUCACUGCGUUGAUGACAAGGGCACCACGCGUCUGAACAAUGAAGUCUGGUCGCCGGACGUCUGCACCAAGUGUAACUGCUUCCAUGGUCAGGUCAACUGUCUGCGUCAGCAGUGCGGCGAGGUAAGCUGCCCGCCAGGCGUCGAUCCUCUAACUCCACCUGAGGCCUGCUGCCCGCAUUGCCCGCAGUUGAAGUGAGCCAAGUACAUUCAU